AUGCCCCGUCCUGGGAAAAACUCCUACAGCGACCAAAAGCCUCCGUACUCCUAUAUAUCACUGACAGCGAUGGCGAUCCAGAACUCAGCUGAAAAGAUGCUGCCUUUGAGUGACAUCUAUAAGUUCAUCAUGGAUCGGUUUCCAUAUUACCGAGAAAACACCCAGAGGUGGCAAAAUUCACUGCGACACAACCUUUCGUUUAACGACUGCUUCAUCAAGAUCCCUCGCCGGCCUGAUCAGCCGGGGAAAGGCAGCUUCUGGGCUCUGCACCCGGACUGCGGGGACAUGUUUGAAAACGGCAGCUUCCUGAGGAGAAGGAAACGUUUCAAGGUUUUGCGCGCCGAGCAUAUGACCUGCAAGAGUUCCCCGAUGAUGCACUACUUCCACCACCACCACCACCACCACCCCGGGGGGAAGCUGAGCGCAGCCUCCUCCAGCCACCACGAGCACCCCGCCGGCCCGGCGGGCGUGGGUCGGCUCCCUCCCUUCCAGGGUUACGGGGGCAUCGCUUGCGCGCAGCCUGGCGGGUUUAAACACCCGUUUGCCAUCGAGAACAUCAUAGGACGGGACUACAAGGGUGUGGUGGCCAGCGGGCUGCCCCUCACCUCGGUCAUGCACCACCUGGGCUACCCCGUGCCCCCUCAGCUCAGCAGCGUGGUCAACUCCAUGUGGCCGCACGUUGGUGUGCUGUCAGAGUCCAUGAGUGGCGUAUCUGUGCCAGCAGUCUCCUCCGAGUAUGCGCCCUUCAGCAUGUCAGCUAAGGGCCUUUACCACAACGCCAACGGGCAAACGAUGCCCGCCGUUCCUAUGCCAAUAAAGCCCACCCCGUCCUUGGGUCCGGUACCGGGUCUGACGGGGCUGCAGUCCAGUCCGUCCCAGCUCUGCGCGCCGGCCUCGGUCCUGGAGAAGAGCGAUCUGCUGGAGGGGAAAGGAAACCCUCUUCACCCGACUCUUCUGCUGUCCUAA